AUGAUCACGAGGAAUCGUGGAAAGUCCAAGUCCGUGGUCGAGACACUGGGGCUUGUAAAGAAGAAUAGGAGGCGCAUUUGGAGGAACAGAGUUUUGGCGGAUACUAGUAAGCCUUCGUUACCUAUUGCGCAUGAAGAAACUGUGAGUGGGAAUCGCGAUUGUGGGAACAACUUGAGCAUGACACCUAAUGGCGAUGGUAGUUGUCGGUGUGCUCAGGAAGCGGAAGUUUUGUGUUCAGUGGAAACUACUCCAGCAAAGUGGAGUUUCUCAUCAACUGGAUUGGGCGCGUCGAAAAUCGAUCAGACGGCGUUCUCAAAAUGUGAGGGUGGACUGGGCGCACUGCACAAAGUGCCAGGAUACGAUUGGCUUCCUCCUAAAGGCAUGCAUUCCUUUCAAUUAUACGACGAAGUCCUUCGAGAAAUACUGGAGGAAAUCAGUACAGCGGGUGAAGUGUUCACCUCGAGGAGGCAAUUUGCGAAGUGUAAGUUGCGCAAAAGUGAGCUGAAUGAAAAAGAGGAGAAAGUGGUGUAUGGAUUUGGGGAGGCAAAGUUGAAGGAACUGUUUGAUAAAAUGUCGGCCGAUUUGGAAGCAAUUAAUGAAGAACUUGACAAAGAAGAGGAGUUUCUUGCUUCAUGUGGUCUAGUGCGACCGGGAGUAGCAAGGGCCCUGCGAAAGAGAAGGCUGGAAAGGUGCAAACAGACAAAGCAUAAGGCGAUAGGCCGACUUCGACCAAACCCUAGGCCAAGACGCUUUUCAGAUAUGGUUAAUCCUAACGCUGAGGUGGCAGAGCGUCUGACUGGACUGUCACGGAAUGCAAAGCGGGUUCGUGAUCGA